AUGCCGCAGCGUGAUGCUGUUGCAACACUGGACGCGUCGCGGUGCGUGACGCUCACUGUGCGCGUGGCACUUGGUGUACGCGAGGUACCCCUAGUGCACGCGACACUACUUGUGCACGUGGCACUUGAGGUGCACGAGGCACUUAUGGUAGUCGUGGUCCUGUAUGGACUGUGUGCCAUGCGGUCUUGCACGCACACCGACCUGGUGUUGGUCGCCGCGACGCAGGAUGCGAUCGCCGGUGACGGAGGGCAAUACACCCCACACCACGAUGAAGUACCCUUGCAGUACCCUGGUGUCGAAGGAAGACACCUUAGCGUCGGCGACGUGAUGGCCGUGACGCGCUGCAGGGCUUUAGCCAAAUCCGCCGCGUUGCUCUGUAUGAUGAGCGGGUUGCUGGAAGCAGCCAUGGUCGCUCAAGCAAACACGACGUUGAAGCAUGACGCUUCAUGGCUGUGGUCAGCGCUUGACCAUAGCCCAUGGGUCGAGCCGACGUAUUCGACCGACCGGCACACCGUGCUGUGA